CCAACACACACCGGCUGGUUUGGAGCUGCUGAGCUAGAAAAUAAAGGAACUGAAAAUCAGUGCAGGAGUUUAAGGAGGGUCUGCAGGGUGGAGAGAAGAGCAGAAGGCGGGUUUAAUAGUCAGUUUUUGAGCUUUAACUGUUUAAAAGAGUUUCAGUGUUCAGUGCGGCUGGUUUACUGUGUGGUUUUGUGUUUGAGUUUGUGCUGUGAGGGGAAAUAUCUGGAAUCUUCAGUCUGGGAGAGAGAAGAAUGGAGUUUAGAUAGACUCACACUUUCACUUUCAGCUUCUCCUGCUGUUUCAGGACCGCAGGACUACAGGACUGCUUUAGUACAGGACUGCUUCUGUCUGGCAGGACUUCAGGACGGGGUUGGAGACCCCUGGACCUCUAACCAGACCCUCAGUCCAGUACAGUAAUAAUGAGUGAGCGGACGCCUCUCCUCCACUACCGGCUCUCCGCCAGCGUCAAUGAGUCCGGCGAGCAUCACUCUGAGGCCGGGCAGGACGCGCUGGAUCAGCCGCCGAGCCUGGCCCGCCGGAAGUCCACCCCCAGCCAGCCCCCGAAACUCACCACCUUCUUCGGCGUGGUGAUCCCCACCUUACUGUCCAUGUUCAGCGUCGUGGUGUUUCUGCGGAUAGGGUUUGUGGUGGGACAGUGUGGUCUGUAUCAGGCACUGGGGAUGUUAGCGGUGGCGUAUUUUAUCAUCAGCAUGACGGUUCUCUCCGUCUGCGCCAUCUCCACCAAUGGAGCUCUCGACGCCGGAGGAGCCUACUAUAUGAUCAGUCGAGCGUUAGGGCCGGAGUUUGGAGGAAGUUUAGGCAUCAUGUUCUUCUUUGCGAACGUGUGUGGCAGCGCCCUCUACGUGUUGGGGCUGGUGGAGGCCAUGCUCGCCACAUUCGGAGUCUCUGAAGCUGGUGUGGACUCUUCCUCUAAGUAUCAGGUGUUGCCGGUGGGGUACUGGUGGUCUCUCCUGUACGGUACGGCUCUGCUGCUGGUGUGUUUGGUUGUGUGUUUGGUGGGCGCUCGGAUCUACGCCAAGGCCACCUUCAUCAUCUUCCUGGUGGUGAUAUUCGUGCUGGGGACGAUCUUCGUCAGCUUCUUCGCUGUGAAGCCGCAGGUGGUCAAUCUUCCCGGCCCCUUCACCAACAACUCGUCCGCCACCGCCAACUUCACCGGCUUCAAACUCGACACACUGCGCCGGAACCUGGAAGCUGAUUAUACAGUGGAUUACACGACAAAUACAAUGAUGACGUUCGCCACUGUCUUUGCUGUGAUGUUCAAUGGCUGUACUGGAAUCAUGGCCGGCUCCAAUAUGUCUGGUGACCUAAAGAACCCAAGUUACGCCAUCCCUCGAGGAACAAUCACUGCUGUCAUCUUCACCUUAAUCAUCUACCUCCUGCUGAUCAUCCUGGUGGCCUGCACCUGUGACAGGGUGCUGUUACAGAGAGACUACAGCUUUCUACGGGACAUAAACCUGUGGCACCCCUUCGUCACUAUUGGGGUGUAUUCCUCCACCCUCUCCGCUUCUAUGAGUAACCUGAUUGGAGCGUCCCGUAUCCUGUAUGCUCUCGCCCGUGACGACCUGUUUGGUAAAGUCCUGUCCCCUGCUAAGAAAACCUCCGCCAGUGGGAACCCCUGGGCCUCAGUGCUUAUCUCCUGGUUCCUCGUGCAGUUGGUGCUGUUUUCUGGGAAACUGAACACUAUAGCGGCUAUAGUGACCAUAUUCUUCCUGCUGGUUUAUGCCGCAGUGGACUUGGCCUGCCUGGCUCUGGAAUGGGCCUCCGCCCCCAACUUCAGGCCUACAUUCCGCUACUUUACGUGGCACACGUGUGUGUUGGGGAUCGUGGGCUGUGCAGUGAUGAUGUUCCUGAUCAACCCCAUCUACGCCUCAGCCAGCAUCAUCUUCAUGCUCCUCCUGCUGCUGAUCAUCCACUACCUUUGCCCCACCAGCAGCUGGGGAUACAUCAGCCAAGCGCUCAUCUUCCACCAGGUGCGUAAGUAUCUGCUGAUGCUGGAUGUGCGUAAAGAUCAUGUGAAGUUCUGGAGGCCGCAGGUUCUGCUGAUGGUGUCCAACCCUCGGGCCAGCGUCGGCUUAAUCACCUUCAUCAACGACAUCAAGAAGAGUGGACUCUACGUCCUGGGCCACGUGCAGAUAGGAGACCUGGCGGUCCUCCCGUCGGAUCCUCUGCAGUGUCGGUAUGACUCGUGGUUGUCUCUGGUGGAUCAUCUGAACAUUAAAGCCUUCGUUAACCUCACCUUAGCCGACUCUGUACGACACGGAGUUCAACAUCUGCUCUUCAUCUCUGGACUGGGUGGGAUGAGACCCAACACGCUGGUUCUUGGAUUUUACGAUGAUGCUCCUCCUCAGGAUCAACUCCAAGAUCGCACGUUCCGGUCCCUGGACGACCCCGCCCUGACUGAGGACCAGGAGGAUCCGCUUUACCACUUCCCGCCUCUCCGUGAGAGCACCCCGGACAACAAAAACAGGGGCGGUGCUUGUGGAGGGAAAGUCCUGAGCCCUCAGGAGUACGUGUGUAUAAUCGCUGACGCGGUGAAGAUGCUGAAGAACGUGGCGCUGGCGCGUUACUUCGGACAGUUCGACCGGCAGCGCGCCCUGCAGAGCCCUGUGUUCGUAGACGUCUGGCCGGUGAACCUGCUGCGUCCGGACAGCAGCUCCUACGUGGACACGUGCUCACUGUUCCUUCUACAGCUGGCCUGCAUCCUCAACAUGACCAGGUCCUGGCAGAAGGCUAAGCUCCGCCUCUUCCUGUGUGUGGAGGCGGGGCGAAGCCUGAAGGGGGCGGAGCAGAAGCUUAAGCAACUUCUUAAGGACUUGAGGAUGAAGGCGGAUAUUCACACCGUGCCCUGGGACGAGCAGGUGGCGCUGCACUGGCAGAGGCAGCAGGUGGGCGUGGCCAUAGAGGCGGAGGCGGAGAAAGGAGAGAGGGAAGCAGGUGAGAAGGAGGAAGAGCAGGUGAUGAUCGAAGAAGAGGAGCCAGAAGAGGAGGAGGAGUAUGCUAACAGUUUCCCCAGCAACACUGUGAGACUGUCUGACGACUACCUGCACGCCGUCAACCGGCUGAUCCUGGACCAGCCGUUCUCGCCCCCUGCUGUUCGCUUUCUGUAUUUACCCCGACCGCCGGCCGACACCAGGCGCUACAACAACUACCUGCACCAGCUGGAGCUGCUGAGCCGCGACCUCGGGCCCACCAUGCUCAUCCACGGGGUCACGCCCGUCAUCACCACUGACCUUUAAAAAAAAAAAAAAAAACACUCCUCCUCUUCUCUUGCUUCAUUUUCUUUUUUCUUUUUUCCCUACUUCCUAAGGGCCCAAUUUUACACCCAGUGCAAGGUAUGUCACGCUGUUCAUCGCUAUCUUACCCCCAUUAUCAUGCCUUCCGCCUGUAAGUGCUUUUGAAUAUACAGUAUCUACACCUAUGGGCCUUAUGAUCAGGAAGUGAGGUGUGUUCAGGUAAAUUUCUGCCAUAUUGCUAUAUUGGCAAAGGCAAACACAGGCUGAUUUACACACUGACUGAUUUACACACUGACAGCAGUCAUCAGUCAGACGUUCAUUGCUAUCUUGGCAACACAGGUGCGCAAAAGUGCACAGCCCCAACUUUUACAUAAUCACUGAAUAGUAUACAAAAUAAAAUAGCAUUGCUGUUCCUGUAAAUGGUUAUUUUCCUCUGCUGAGAAGUGUUGGACAUAUCCAGGUAGCUGCACCAUUAAAAUAGCAAUCCGCCCAAGAUCACACCUGGCUCUUAAAGGGAGUGGCAAGUGAGACACGCUGAUGUGGUUAAUUUCACAAUUAUGCCCAAAACAUACCCAUAAUAAUUAAGAAAAAAAGUACAAGUUUUUUUUGGUGUGAAACAUUUUGAGACGUGCAAGGUGUACUUUUCCCAUCGUUACGAUAGCAAAGAAGAACACAGACCUGCCCCAAAAUCUGCAAAAGCUGCAUAUUUUACAGUUGAGAGCUCAUCAAUCACUAAAAUAGGGCCCUAAAUCUCAAAGGAAGGUGCCAAACAAAUUCCCUUCCUUCUAUUCUUUCUCUCUUUCUCUCCUUCUUUGUUUCUUUCUCUUUUUUUUGUUUGCGUCCGCUUCUCUGCUUCAGUCUUCGCUUUUGGAUCGCAGAACCGCAUUAUGGUCAUUCCUUCUUGAAAGCACAAGACUGAGGAUUACACAAUACAUCGAUUAAAAGAUUGAGAUUGUUGGCCUGUGAUGUCAAGUGUUUCGCAGGGAUGACGACUCCUUUUGGCUUUUCCUAACGUCUGCGGAUAAAGAUGAUGAUGAUGAAAAUGUCUGAUGUGGAUGGCAGCCAACAGUGCCCUCUUCAGAAUCGUUGCCUUCAGACUUUGUUCCGCACAUCCUCACCUUUUAUAAACACAAAAUAAUGCUCUAUACCACCCUGAGACUCAGAGAAUAUCUAUAAGACUAGUCUUGAUACACAGUUGGUUGUUGGACAAGCUCCAGUGCAGUGGUUCCCAACUCUGGUCCUAAGAAGAUACCCUAAGCUAGAGCUGGGCAAUAUAUCGAUACUUUAUUGUAUCAUGAUAAAUCCUCUUAUAGCCUAUAUAGUUACUAAAGAAUAUUAUGGAUAUGAUAUCAUAAGUGCUUAAAGAACACUGAUCCAACUGUAUGUUUGUUACAGAGAACGUAAAACACCUUUUUAAUUGGAUAAUGUGAGAUACAUAGUGGAUUUUAUACUGUUGUUAUCGAUAUCGAAAUUAUAUUGUAUCUACUGAAAUAAGGAAAAUAUCAUGAUCUAAAAUUUUUGGCCAUAUCGUCCAGCCCUACUCUAAGCCUACAAUACAGGAUUUUUGCUCAGAUUAUAGCCCUGAUUAAUACUUUUAGACCCAAUCCCAUUUUCACCCCUUGUGCCUACAAAUGAACCCUACCCCUCUGCACGCUUCUAGGGGUAGGGUGUCCUGAUUCUUAUUAGGGAAAUAUUAGGGCUACAUGACCCUUCAAACUGAGAUUUUUUAGAGGAACACUCCAAACAGAAGGCUAUGAGAAUCACUGACAAGAUGGUGUGACACAAGCGACCAAAGAAACCCACAAAUUCGAGUAAUUUUCCUUGAUAAAAAUGACUAUAACCACUAUAUUACCAUAGUUUAUUGUGUAGUGUUAAUGCUUAAUGCCCAUUUUCUUUAUAACAAGCAUAAAAAAAUGAUUGGUAGUUCGUAUCAGUAGCUAGCCACUUAACUUUCCUGUUCCACCUUAAAUGGUACAACAUACAGCAAAGACUGCAGCCUUUAAGGUGGAAUGUAAAAUAAAAGCAAAUAUAUAAAACCAUAUUUCAGCUUCCCUAAUUGAUAAUAAUAAUUAACUGCUGCAGCACCUGCCCUUUCUUUCUAAAGACAUACGAUAAAGCCAUAUGGUUAACUAGUUAAGCAGCAGCAGUUAGGUUGCUGAACUUUAGCGCUCCACUGCUAUAGAAUAGCUAUAUCUGUAUCAGGUUCUUGAAGGAAUGUCCCAAUUCUUACGGGGAGGAUUUCACUCGAAAAACAAGGGCAAGGUCUACAAAAGAGAAAUUGUGCAGAGUCAACAGUUAAAGAAAGAAUAAUAAUGUCUUUAAGCACAAAAAAGAGCACAAAAAGAGAAAAAGUCUGUAAUAUCUAAAUGAUUCUAAACAGCACAAAUCCAGAGUUCAUUUUAUGGCUGUGCAUCUCCAACUACCUCUUUAGAGCUGACAAAAAAACAACCGUGGGUGCCUUUUCAGAUUAGUGAUUAAACUAAUAUACUGCUACUACUCUGAACACUGGUGGAGACUUGCUGUCAACUAGCCUGCCAACAUGCUAAUCUUACUCAGAGAAAUCUUGGUCAUUUUUACACCUGAAGAUUGAACCAAAUCCUGGUUCAUGUGUUACGUACAGUAUUGUACAUUUGGUCGUGUUAGUAGGUCACGCAGAACAAUGAGCAGUUUAUAAAUAAGGAUUAAUCUACAGUUACAGUAGAUACAGAAUCACCAGUGUGAUCUGUUGUAGCCGUACUACUUCAUGAUGCAUGUGCAAAGCAAGAGGACUCAAAUUUAGACUUAAUUUAAUAGGUUAAGACAGCCUUCUUCCACUUUUCUGUAAUUGGUCCAAAAUUGGUUAAAAUACCCAGUUGAUCCACGGUUCGGUUGAUCCAGGAUUCAUUUGAUCCAGGAUUUAGUUGAUCCAGGGUUCGGUUGAUCCAUGGUUUGUUUGAUCCAGGGUUUGGUUGAUCCAGGGUUUGGUUGAUCCAGGGUUUGGUUGAUCCAGGGUUUGGUUGAUCCAGGGUUUGGUUGAUCCAGGGUUCGGUUGAUCCAGGGUUCGGUUGAUUCAGGGUUCGGUUGAUUCACGGUUCGGUUGAUUCACGGUUCAGUUGAUUCACGGUUCAGUUGAUCCAGGGUUUGGUUGAUCCACGGUUCAUUUCCGCCCACGUAGUAAAGUUCUUUAGUCCAUCAUUAAACUGCAGUGUGAAACCGAAACUAAACGGAUCAAAUACUGUAUAUACAGUGUAACAAUGACAUGAACUUUGGUGCAGACUCUGGUCCGGACCUUCAGGUGUGAAAACGACCUUACUGAUAUUUUUAGCUAAUAACCCAGCUGAAGCCAGUUUUUGCCUGUAUAGUUUAUUUGAACAGUACUCAAAUAGAAACGGUACACAUUAGUCAAACAGCAGAUAUAGAGGAUUUAGCUGUAUAGUGAGUUAUAACAGAAAAUGACUGGACAGAAUUUGAUCUUGUCUUCUAAUGGUACAGAACUGACAGGGUGGUUCCCAGUAGUAUCUUCAACCAAUGACCUGCCAUGUAUGAUGGAGAAGUGCAUUUAUGUUAUUUAUGCACUAUAUUUAUUAUUAUUUUUCUUAAUAUGUGAGCUUUAUUGUGUGUUAAGUGAACUGAUCUUUGAGAACUUUGGUUCUGGGUGAAAUUGAAACUAGGCUAUCCAUAGGAAGGCUGAAAUACACACUUUACACUUUGUGUUUAUUGACAAUUAAUUUUUACCCCACACGACACAAUGCUUUAGCACUUUUUCAAGCGCAAACAAUCAAGUUGUUACAUGACAAAAAAUAUAUAUAUUUGGCACCAAUAAUAAACUGAUAAUAAUAAUGAAACUAAUUUCAACUGUUAAAUUUUUUAGGUAAUAUUAGGUAAUUACAAAAAUUGUAAUUAAACAAAAUAGUAUUUAAUAGUAAUAUACAUUGUGUAUACCAUAUAUUUUGGACCAUAAGGCGCACUAUCAAUUAACAUCUAUUUUCUGGUCUAUUUUCAUACAUAAGGCACACUGGAUUAUAGGGUGCAUCAAGCGACACUAGUUAGGAUGCCUACAUCGAAGUAAACAAGGGUGUCGCCAUGUUUCCCUUCCAGUGGGGAAGCUUGGGGAAGCGCCUAAGUAAACAUAUCUGUAAGUCAAAGUCAAACAAGCACUGGCUGUUAAUCUACACAGAUUUCUUUCUGUCCUUAAAAAAAUGUGUAUUUGGAUGAAUAAACACUUCCGUUUAUUACAAUAAGCUUAGAUUUCCAAUAUUUUGUCUAAGGGUGAGUUUUCAGUAAAGUUUCUCCAGCACUAAGACUGGGUAUUAGCAUUAUCCGCUAAACGCAGCGCUAGCUGCGCUAGACUGAGGAACCUUGAAUGUUCCAGUAAUCCAGGGCGUUAUCAGCUAGCAGUUUGCACAACGGAAAACACGGAAACUACAGUCCAAUAUACUCACCUCUGAACAGUGAAAUAGCUAGUGCUGCGUAUAGCGGCUAAUGCUAAUGCUGCUGCAUCCAGCCUUAGUGCUGGAGAGACUUCACAAAAAAAAAACACCCUUAUUACCCUGUACUUAAGUGGAGUGUCUUUACUGCUCCUUAAUACCUGACUGGUAGAAUUUGGACAUUGUUGGGAAAAUUAAAGAAUUUAAGUGCGCUUUAUAGUCUGAAAAAUAUGGUCUGUGUAUAUAAAUAUAUAUUUAGAUUUAUAUAACAUACUAUUAAAACAAAUGAAAAACAAAUGAAAGGUACAGGCACUUUCUGAAUGCUCAGGUACCUACUACACUAUAUGGGCAAAAGUAUUAGGACACCUCCUUAUUCAUUGUUUCUUUCUAAAUCAUUGUUGUGAGAAUUCGAUUGCAUUGAGCAACAAAAGAUUCAUCCCCAACUUAUUCCACAAGUAUUGGAUGGAUGUAGGUUCAACUUUGUUUAUCUGCUCCAGUGAGUCCUAUUCUUUUGGCAAUACUUCUGCCUUUACAGGGACUCUAGACAAGCUGUAUUUGUCCAUUUGCACAACUAUGUCAACAUUUUCCACAACGCAAAGUUGUAUACGCUGAAUACAUUAAUUUAAAAAGGGGUGUCCACAAACUUUUGGACAUAUAGUGUAGAGCUUAUUGUGAAAAUCCACAGUAAAUUUAAAAUAAAAUAACCAUUUAGAUCAGUGUAAUCUUUUAAACACGAUAAAUCUUAUAGGCUAAUUAUUAUUAAUCUUAAUAUCUCACUCUGGAUAGAUGAGAAGUUAAAUCAUACCAAAAAGAGAAUAAUUGUGACCCAUAGGAUGGAUUGCGUUUUGCACGAGUUUAGCAGGACUAUCACUGUUAUAAUGAAUAAUUAAUAGGCAGAGUCUGGAAACUGUAUGUAAAGUAUUUAAAACUAGAACUGAAGACUAACCAGCUAAAUGUAACUUUCUGAUGAUACACAGGGCCUUUAUAAAUGUAUAUAUAUAUAUAUAUAUAUAUAUAUAUAUAUCCUGGUGCCUUUAUUACAGUAUAUACUAUUUAUAUUUCCUCUUCUAUAGAAUUCAGUUAGCCUUACUUGCAUGACUAUGUAAUAAUACUCUUAAUAAAUCUGAAACGGUAACUUUGUAGGACCAAAAAAUACAUUUUUUAACUGUUAAUCUGUUAAUUUAAUGAAAACAUUUUUGGAAACUUGCUUUUUAACACUUUUUAACAUGAACAAAAAAGAAAAAAGAAAAUGAUCAAAAAAUUAUUCAUUCUCUGUAUUAUCAAAGUCAUUGAAAAGCUCAAAAUGAAUCUAAAGGUUUAGUUUGAAAUGUUCAUUAGAAAUUUCAUCAAUUUGAACCUUUUGUAAACUUUUUAAAUGUUGACUAACUAACUAAACAUCUGAAUUGUUAUUUCUAGAAAAAAGGUAGAUAUUGUUGAAACUUUUAAAUUGUUCGUUGUAAUUGACACUCAUUAUUUGAAAGUUCUUACAUCUCCCUCAUCUGUUGACUUGGCAUGGUAUAGAUCCCUCCCUCAGACAAAGUCUGUACUGUCCGAGGUUCUCAACCAAAGUGAGUUUUGCAUAAUAUAUGUCCCCUUUAAGCUAGUUGUAGCUUAAACAUAGUAAAUGCAGUUUUCAUUUAAAUGAAUACAUAGUUUUAACAAGAACAUAUUUAAGAGUUUUCGGAAGUUUCUAGCAUUUAAGAAGUUUUAACAAAAGGUACACAAGUUUUAAAAAUCACUUUCACUUAUGGUACUUGUUAAUGAAACUAAACUGUGGCUCAGUGUGCGAAAUGUAACUUAAAUUGAUUAAAUUAUUUUUUAAAUUAGUUUAAUGCUUAAAAUGUAAAAUGUUGGACUCCUGCCUGGAAAUAUGCAUUUUUUUGUACACCACAAUAUUGUGUUUUAACAGAGAAAAUACAGUUCAAACCUCUUCUGAAUAACUGAUGUUUUUUCUGAUGUUUACUAAUGCUUCCCUUGGUUAAGGGCUGUAUGCUAUGACAUAACAAUCAGUAUCAUUUAGAAAUGAAUGUCUUAAUGAUGAUGAAUGUGAUUCUAGACAUUGCGUAGUGCAUUUGGGUUGACAAGUGAUGUUAAAAGUGUAUUUUGUGGUAACAUCGCUGGAAUGUUGUUAAGUUCACCACUCUGAUUGUGCCACUGGCCUUAAUUUGAUGCUAAUUAAGCAUCUGACACGUCUUAAAGGAGCUAAAUGGUGGAAUUUUGGGUGAAUUUUGGUGCUUUUUUUUGUCUGUUUCUUUAGUUUUUAGGAUUGAUACCUUUGAAUCCGGGAUCAUGCUGCUUCAGCAUCAGCAGCCGGAGUCCGAGAGAGAGCACAAUUGCCUUUAACAUCACUCCUAGUGUGAUGAUGGUCAUCACAGGCCUUUCUUAGCUGAGGAGUGCGCUGUGAUGCUACCCAGUAAUGUUGCAGUACAUCAGCAGCAGUUUGAAAAGAGGUGGAGCCUGACUUCACAUGUAUGGGAGGAGGCAUUCGCUAGGGGCCAUUACUAACUAGUGAUUGGGUGAUUAUAUUUAAACAGGGUUUGAGUAUAUAGGCCCUUCAAAAUUCCGUGGCUCUUGAUGCAUCACAAAGACUUGCUGUCUUGGUCACAGAUGCGCCAGCAAGACGUGCACCAACAAUUUGUCCUCUUUUGAACUCUGGUAUGUCACCCAUAAUGUUGUGUGCAUUGCAGUAUUUUGAGCAAAACUGUGCUCUUACCCUGCUAACUGAACCUUCACACUCUGCUCUUACUGGUGCAAUGUACAAUUAAUGAAGACUGGCCACCAGGCUGCUCCAAUUUAGCCAUGAAACCUCCCACACUAAAAUGACAGGUGUUUCAGUUUCUUUGUCCAACCCCUGUACAUUGGUCCACCUCUGUAAUAGGAAUAACCUUUGUUGAAGUUCCCUUUGAAUAAGAGCGUCAUUUAAAUGCUGUAAAUGUUUGUUUGUUUUUUCUAAAUUCUUAAAAUAAUCUGUAGCUCCUUUAAUGAUUAUGAUUAUGAAACCAAAGUAUGAUAUGCAGUGUGUGUGUAUCUGUGUGUGUGUGUGUGUGUGUGUGUGAGAAUGUACUGUAUGUAUGUAUAAUUGCUUUAUGUACAAUAACAGUCUUUUUUCCUUUGUUACCAUGUUCUGUAACUCUUUGUACUGCUACACACACACUUCUACUGACAGAUCUCUUCCAUUUGCAAAAGCACUCAAAUGUACUAUUUUUUUUUUUGAGAUUGAAGAUCUUUUUAGAAGCACUGUAAAAUAUGUAUGAGAUUCCUGAUGUUCUUAAUUCAAACUAAGUAAAAAAUGUUUUGUUUA